AUGGCUGAGCAGGCUGUCGCCCGUCUCGCCGGCAUCAAUGUCGGCGCUCCGGCGCAUGUUCCCAGUGCUGAUUUCGGCCUCAUCGGUCUGGCCGUCAUGGGCCAGAACCUGAUUCUGAACGCUGCCGACCACGGCUUCACCGUCUGCGCCUUCAACCGUACCACUGCCAAGGUUGACCGCUUCCUCGACAACGAGGCCAAGGGCAAGCCUAUCGUUGGUGCCCACUCCAUCCAGGAGUUCUGCUCCAAGCUCAAGCGCCCUCGUCGCAUUAUGCUCCUCGUCAUGGCCGGCAAGCCCGUCGAUGACUUCAUCGAGUCCCUCCUUCCCUUCCUCGAGAAGGGCGAUAUCAUCAUUGACGGUGGUAACUCCCACUUCCCCGACAGCAACCGCCGUACCCAGUACCUCAGCGGCAAGGGCAUCAGCUUCGUCGGCAGCGGUGUCUCAGGUGGUGAGGAGGGUGCCCGCUACGGUCCCUCUCUCAUGCCCGGUGGUAACGAGGCCGCCUGGCCCCACAUUAAGGACAUCUUCCAGAGCAUCGCCGCCAAGAGCGACGGCGAGGCCUGCUGUGACUGGGUCGGUGACGAGGGUGCCGGUCACUACGUCAAGAUGGUCCACAACGGUAUUGAGUACGGUGACAUGCAGCUGAUCUGUGAGGCCUACGAUAUUAUGAAGCGUGGCCUCGGCAUGUCCUGCAAGGAGAUUGGUGAUGUCUUCGCCAAGUGGAACACUGGUGUUCUGGACUCCUUCCUCAUCGAGAUCACCCGCGAUGUUCUCUACUACAACGACAACGACGGCACUCCCCUCGUUGAGAAGAUUCUCGACAAGGCCGGCCAGAAGGGUACCGGCAAGUGGACCGCCAUUAACGCCCUGGACCUCGGCAUGCCUGUCACUCUGAUCGGCGAGGCUGUCUUCUCCCGCUGCUUGUCUGCCCUCAAGGACGAGCGUGGCCGUGCUGCCAACAUCCUCGGCGGCCCCACCCCCAAGUUCGAGGGUGACCGCGCUGCCUUCAUUGAUGACCUUGAGCAGGCUCUGUACGCCUCCAAGAUUAUUUCCUACGCCCAGGGCUUCAUGCUCAUCCAGGACGCUGCCAAGGAGUACGGCUGGAAGCUCAACAAGCCCUCCAUUGCCCUCAUGUGGCGUGGUGGCUGCAUUAUCCGCUCUGUCUUCCUGAAGGACAUCACCAACGCCUACCGCAACAACCCCGACCUCGAGAACCUGCUGUUUGACGACUUCUUCACCAAGGCUAUCAACACUGCCCAGAAUGGUUGGAGAAACGUUGUCAGCAAGUCUGCUCUGUGGGGUAUUCCUCUGCCCGCCUUCUCCACUGCCCUCAGCUUCUACGACGGAUAUCGCACCAAGGACCUGCCCGCCAACCUGCUGCAGGCCCAGCGUGAUUACUUCGGUGCCCACACUUUCCGCAUCAAGCCCGAGCACGCCAGCGAGACCUUCCCCGAGGGCAAGGACAUUCACGUCAACUGGACCGGCCGUGGCGGUGAUGUGUCUGCCUCGACCUACGUGGCAUAA